ACCGCAUCGAAACGAAAGCAAAAAAUGAAUCAACUAUUGCUGCUAUCUGUGGUGUGCAUAUGUGUAUAUGCCUCGGUCCAAGCCAAAGUGAUGCCCAUGAUGAAGGCCCACGAUUUGGUAAUCAAUGCCAAUGGUGAACUUGUCUGGGCGGAUGAACUGACCAGUGUGCCAGACGCUUGCGAUUUCCAUUGCACGGAUCAGGACUUGCCAGUUUGCGCCCACAAUGGCCAAUGCCUGCAAAUGUUCACCAGCUCCUGCACAAUGUCCUCGUACAAUUGUCGCCAUCCCCAGAAGCGCUUCGAUACCGUUGAAAAUUGGCGUUGUCGCGAAAACUGGGCACCCAUGUGCUCCGAAGCCGAACGCAAGGAGCUGAAACUGCAAUAG